GAUUUUGCUACCUAUAAAGCCCCCCCCCCUCCUCCCAGAAGCUUAGAGUUGGGGAGAGUGACUGGAUUUAGAUGUUAGGCUCAGCCAGCUUGCGUUUUGCUUCGUUCUGGCUUAAACCCAGCUAUGGUUUGUAAACCAUUGCACAAUCGCUCGACUCGUACAACCCAUUCUGAAAGCCAGCCAUGGUUACGUGCAAUGCUUCGCCCUCAGCUUGAGUGAACAAAGUACAGCGGCUUUGCUGACGGGCACUGCCACAGGACGCCUUGAGUCACCCCGGCUGUGAAGACCGCGGUGCUUCCCGCAAGCGGCGUGUUGCCCAAUCCUACUUCAGCGUGUUGAGGUGGUUCUUUCUCUCACACAUAUAUCCAGCGGACCGGUGCAACAGUCUGGCAAGAGAAAGGAUUUGUGAAGAGAAGGGAUGCAGGCUGCGGUGGUGGUCUGUAACUAAGCAGAACCUGCGUCUUGCAUGCCGAUGCGCUACCCGAUGUGGUCAUCACUGUUCUGUGUUAGUGCAAAGAUAUUUCUGCCCAGCAUAGCAGUGUUUUUCUCUUUUCUGUUCUUUGCUCUUCCAGGAACUGAAUACUCACAGGGACCGCGGUAGCAUGUUUCUGGUACCAUGCAGGACUAGCAUUUUUUUUUUAACUUCGUGGUCUUUCCAGCCUUCCAACUAUCUUGACAGCUCUUUUCUCUUCAGUUCUGUCCAGACCUCUUUGGAAAGUGGACCAUAGCGUUUGACCCCUGGAGAACAGCUAGUCUCUGCAGUCAUGGGAUCCGGCUUGAUCGGUGCAUCUGUAUUCCUUCUGUGCAUUUGGCUAUGGGAAGUGAGUUCACAGAACCUCAUCAAGGACCAGAACCAGAAGAUGAAGCCAACACUCCUGAUUAAUGAGGUCAAUGCAGAUAAUCCAGGAGAAGACACCAUGGAGUAUGUGGAACUGUAUCACAUCAGUGGACAAAGAGUUGCUUUGAAUGGAUAUUAUUUAGUCUUCUACAAUGGAAAGGGAAACACAGCCUACAAAGUCAUGGAUCUUACUGGUUUUUUCACAGAUGACCAGGGUUUUCUCCUGAUUGGGUCUAGCAAUAUUAUCCCGAGACCAGCUGUAAUCCUCUCAAAGGGUACAAUCCAGAAUGGACCAGAUGCAAUUGCUCUCUAUUUUGGGAGAACAGACUUGUAUUCAGGCAUGCAUGUAGACAGUAAAGGCCUGGUGGAUGCUUUGGUGCAUAAAUCUAAUACAAAGGACAAAGCAGAUGAGUUGGUUCGGGUUCUGACCCCUGGCACAGAACCUUUCUUGGAGGACCCUUUAUUCCGGACCAUUGAUGAGUCUCUGGAGAGGUGCCAAGGGAUGGAUUCCCAGAUAUUCUUCCAAGUAGGAACACCAACCCCAGGCUCAGAUAACCACUGUGUUCCUUUCUCACAUUUGAAUGCAUCUUUUUUGCUGAUCAAUGAGGUUAAGGUGGCAUCCUCCCCUGGAGACUUUGAGUUUGUAGAGCUUCAAGGUCCCCCUUCCAUAGAGGUAAAGGACCUGGUGAUGGUGCUGAUUGAAGGGAGUACACAAAAGAUCUACUUUGUCAUGGAGGUGAAGGGCGAAACUUCUCCUGAUGGGUUACUUCUGUUGGGUUCAGGACUGUCCAGGAUUCCAGGGGGUGCAGGUCAUACGCAGUUCCUCCAGAAUUCCAGCACCCCCCUUCUCAAAGCAGGCACCAACGCCGUUGCCCUGUACCGGGGAACCGUCAGCCACUUUGGGGUGGGCUCUACUGCGGCAUCAGCCUCAAACCUUCUGGAUGCCUUGGUGUACACCACCCUCGAACAGCCAGAUUCAAAGCUGCAGGACAUCUUGACCCCUGGGAAGCCUCUCUUCUACGUGAGCAAACAAUCCCAGCAGGAGGGGGCAUCUGUGAGCCGGUGCGUGUGCUGUUCUGUCACCCGUGAUCCCUCCUCCUAUGCGCUUGGCAAGCCCACACCUCUGCAAUUCAAUGACUGCCCGAAGAAGCGCUUUGGCCGAAAAGUUUCCUUGUGUUUUCAAGUCGCAGAUUGUCAGCGAAAAGCUCAGGAUGAAAGCAUGGUACAAGGAGUUUUGGCCCAGUCGCUGGAGAAACGAUGCAACUGCAGCUUUUCCCCUGCUUAUUUCAAAGAUCCUGUUUUAACAUGUGAAGGCAGAGAAAUGGUUUUCACUGCACUCCUGAGCGCCCGAUCAGCAGAGCAGCUGGACCGCGAGUUGCAGGCCCUCUCAGUCUUGGUGAAGGGUGAGGAACUGAUGCACUUUGGAAACCAGAACAGCAGCGUAGCCAUUAAGGCUUGUUCAAGCGAUGCAAAUGGGACAGACACACUGCCAGGACUAACUUCAGAAGAACCAAGGACAACCAGAGAACCUCCGACUCCAGCCCUGGAGCUGCUCAUCAAUGAGGUGAACGCGGACAAUCCGGGAGCCCGAGAAGACACGGAAUACAUUGAGUUGUUCUACCCAGGACAAACACCAUUUUCACUCAAGAACUACUGGCUUGUUCUUUACAAUGGCAAAAACAACUUAGCUUAUAAAGUCUUGAACCUGACAGGCUACUGGACCAACGAGUUGGGCUACUUCCUUAUAGGGAGUGGUGGAGUGACCCCCAAACCCUCACUUGUUUUGCCAGAUACCACCAUCCAGAAUGGUGUAGACGCUGUAGCGCUCUACCGCAACCCCAACAGCCUGUAUAAAACCAACAUGCAGGUGACUGUUGACGGGCUAAUUGAUGCUGUGGUGUACAGAGCCCGGGGUUCAGAGAAGGCUGACAAGCUUGUGGCUCUUCUCACUCCGGGGCAGAAUGUCCUCCAUGAAAAUGACUCUCAUAGCACUGAAGACGAGUCGAUCAGCCGAUGUCUCAGCCUAAAGCCUAGAGACUCCAGGAGCUUCCAGGUGACUCUAACAACGCCUCUUCGUGAAAACGCGUGUGCGUACUUCAACUUGAAUUCCACAGAGGAGAUGCUCCAUAAUUCUUCCACUGUCAUUAACGAAGUGGGCAUGGCCAAUGACUCACUUCUGUACAAGUUCAUUGAACUGAAAGGGAAGCCGGGAAACAGCUUAAAAAAAUACACAUUGCACUUCUUCUCUGGAGAUCAUCGCUGGCCGUACACCAGCAUUCACCUGCAAGGCGAAUUUGGGAGCAACGGUCUUUUUGUCAUCAUGCCAGGACAAAUGUCCCAGGGUGGUAAGACUAAUGAGCAGUUGGUGAUGCCCACUCUCUGGAAUCACCCAUCCUCAAAGCAGGAGAUCCUAACGGUGGCCAUAUUCAGCCAUAAAGUGCGACUUCCUUAUGGUACUCUAAACAUUGCAGAGAAAGUAGAAGAUAUUUUGAUGUGGAAGCCUGGGAUGAUCCCUCAAAUCUCCUUUACAUAUGGGAAAAGAGAAAGGAUGUGGUCUUUAAGUCGCUGCCCUUCCUGCAGGGAACCCUUUCUCAUCUCUGACCCUACUCCAGGCUUGGAGAACAGCUGCCCUCAAGAGCUUCUGUCCUUGGAUCUCAGAAUGUGCCUGCUGAUCCCUAACUGUUCCUUCUGGCAUCAGAAUCCAUCGCUACGAGCUCGCUUCCGGCAAACAUUAGUACAAUCCAUGGAAGACAGCUGUUUAUGUGGUAUCUCUCUGUGUUCUCUGCAAGGACUGAAUUUCACCUGCUCUAAUACCACACUGGAGGUCUCUGGUCAGGUGUGGGCUGCAGAUGUGGAACAGCUGCGGGUCCUUAUCCAGUGGCAGUCGAAUUUCUCCUCCUUAGGUCCCCACCCAUUUUCAGUGGAUGGAAUACUGCUCAAAGCUAAUGCACCCUGUACACCUUCCAGUGAAGCGGUACCAGUAUCUAAAGCUUCAUUUCAAACCUGGGAAAUGGUUCUUUUGGUCUUGGGCUCCAUCUUGCUAAUACUGCUGUUAAUCGGCGCAACUUUCUAUUGUAUGAAAAGACCGCAGAAUUACAACAACAUUGAAUUGAACGAUCGCUGCGAGAUUAUGUCAGACAUCUGAUUCUGCCAGGAAGAGCCUCCCUGGGAAAAAGCUAUAAUGAAGAGGUAAAUCGCAGAGGAACUUUGCAGCCAACUGGCCACAACAUAAAUGGAUCCAAAUCCUGGGAGUAUUUAUUCUGAGGAUGUUUUUGUUCUUGGAUGGGAUGUGUGAAGCCCACCUCUUUGUUUCUACAGCAUUUCUCACUGCCAUUAUGUAUUGGGUGAAGAAUUGAUGAGGUACCUUGGUAUUUUCCCCACCCACCAUGAAAAAAAAUGUGUAGGCAGGGUGAUUAUUUUCCACCCCAUAAUUUGUCAGUGGGGGUUAUUGCUCAGUCUUUCUUGGAGGCAGAAGGCCUCACCUUCAGGUCUAGUAGAUCCAGGAUUUUGUUUUCAGAAAGAAAAGGUGGGGGGGAAGGUGGGGGGAGAUCUGCUUGAGUUGGCUCAUCUUCAUGGAUCGUCAAUCUGAUCUAAGGUAGCUUCACAGCAAUGGACAGUCUUGGUUGUCGUGUGUGUUGCGAGUGGCAAUGAACGCCCCAAAUGUGUUUGCAGAAGGGACCUAUCUUAGGGGACGGUGCCUGCUUUCCGUGCAGAGAAAGGCUCAGAUUCAUUUCCUUGUUCAGGAAAUAGGAAAGAUCAGUUUCACAAAGACUUGGUUCAGGUCACCUCUUGAGCUAGGGGCCAGGGAGUAAACUAGACAUAAGGCAGGUUCCUAUGGUCACCUCCCUCUUUCUAAACAACAAAAGUCAGUGUCUAGGCAAAAGCAAAUAAAUAAAUAAAUAAAUAAAUAAAAGCCACCCUUGUCCAAACAUUCCAUUCUUCCCCAGAAUUAAACUAAGGAGUUUGUAUAGUGAAAAGUUGUUUGCUGUCUUAACAUUGCUCACAUAGCUACAAGCUCUGCAGACUUGAAUUUCUUGCUCACACCACAGCAGAAAUAAGAAUGAAAAGCCACGGCACAAAGAGAAGACAGUGUAAAUUGUGAUGGCGCUCUCCCACAGGGGCAGAGCCCAAAUUUAGCAUCCCCCAAAUGCUCUCCUCCAGAGCCAGCUUCUCAUGUCUCUGCGGAAGGGAAUAUACUUCUUCCUUGUCUUCUGCCCUGAGCCUAUGCGUCAGCCCUUCGAGAUAGGUCAGGUGAGGAAAAGGCACUACAAGCCAUAGCAGAACUCUACUUUAUUGAUAGCCUCCCCCUUAUACCA